AUGGAAGCAACAGGACUAAUUCAAGUUCUCCAACUCUUCUAUUUCUUUUUCGUCCUGUUCGAGAUUACGUCUUGUACGGUGGAUGUUUCCUUACGUGUGGGCAAACAAGGCCCAUUCACGUAUGGCAACUUYCAUAAAAGAAUCAACGGGUCGGUUUUGACAAAGGCAGGCUCGCUUAUCUCGGCACUCGAGGUUGACAGCGACAUAGAAUGUGCAAGUUUCUGUGUGAUGAACACAGUAUGUUUGUCAGUAAAUAUUGGAUCCGAGGCAAWUAGUACUGGGAAAGUACUGUGUGAACUACUGAACUAUGGAGGAACAGACUAUCGGAACUUCCUUACUAAGAAAGAGAAGUUCUUCUUCAUGCGAAUGGAGAACAUAUGCUCCAAAAAUCCUUGCAUGUUCGAUGGUUUGGUAUGCACACCUCAACUGAAGAACUCAUAUCAACCAUACAUCUGUGAUUGCCCCGGAAACUGUAAAGGUAACAUCAAGUGCCAUGCCCUUGGUAUGGAAGAUGGUAGGAUCCUUGAUUCUCAAAUAACAGCUUCCAGUGUAUACUCUUCUUCUUGGGCAGCUCACAAAGGACGACUGAAUAAUGCUGCUGGCUCUUGGCUUUCGUCCGGUACGGUCUCUCAGUGGCUGCAGGUUAACUUGCUGAAGAAAACAUUCAUCAAAGGUGUGGCUACUCAAGGAAGGCACGAUGCGUAUCAGUCCACAAAGACUUAUCAGCUGUCGUACUCAGAUGACGGGGCAUAUUGGAACAUUUAMAAAGAGAAAGGAAUCGCGAGGACCUUCCAAGGUAAUACCCAACCCAAUAUUAUUGUCAAGAACAUGCUGACAGAACCAUUCACAGCAAAGUUUGUGCGACUUUUAACGACACCAUACCCUGGAAACCGGGCUGUUUUACGAAUGGAACUGUAUGGGUGCCAUGUUUAAAGUAAAUUGUUUAUAGCUGCAGGGAAAUUGUUGGCUGACAUAAGCUAGAACAAAAACAAUUGAAAGAAUACAACAGCAUAACGUAAAACACAAAGAUGCGACUAAAAUCCGUUGAUGAUACUUACCCCUAACUCUAUAUAUUUUCAAUAUUGAUUCU